GACUGUGGAUCAGGGCCCCAAAAGGCGCCCAUGGUGCCUCCCUGGGACUGUGGCGCCGGCUCCAGGGAUGUGGCCCAGGGAGAGUCUGCGCUUCUGGGGCUGGCCUUUCAGAGCCACGUGGCUACGGUUGACCCCAUGGCGGCCUCCCCAGCGCUCCUGUUAAUGGACAGGAAUUUGCUUGCUAGAAAACAGAAUGCAAGACUUGACAAACAAAAUGACUUGGGAUGGAAGUUAUUUGGAAAAGUACCACUUCGAGAGAAUGCUCAGAAAGAUUCAAAGAAAAUACAAAAGGAAUAUGAAGACAAGGCUGGACGACCUAGCAAGCCACCCUCUCCAAAGCAGAAUGUGAGGAAGAAUCUUGAUUUUGAGCCACUGUCCACCACCGCACUCAUCCUGGAAGACAGACCAGCAAACCUCCCAGCGAAGCCAGCUGAAGAAGCUCAGAAACACAGGCAGCAGUAUGAAGAAAUGGUGGUUCAGGCCAAGAAACGAGAGGUGAAGGAGGCCCAGCGGAGGAGAAGGCAGCUGGAGGAGAGGUGCCGACUGGAGGAGAGCAUUGGCAACGCCGUCCUCACCUGGAACAACGAGAUUUUGCCUAACUGGGAAACAAUGUGGUGCUCUAGAAAAGUUCGAGAUUUAUGGUGGCAGGGAAUCCCUCCCAGUGUGAGAGGCAAAGUCUGGAGCUUAGCCAUUGGCAACGAGUUAAACAUCACCCAUGAGCUCUUUGACAUCUGUCUUGCCCGAGCCAAGGAGAGGUGGCGAUCCUUCAGCACAGGAGGCUCUGAAGCGGAGAACGAAGAUGCCGGGUUUUCAGCCGCAGACAGAGAAGCCAGCUUGGAGCUUAUUAAACUGGACAUUUCGAGGACGUUUCCUAAUCUCUGCAUUUUCCAGCAAGGUGGUCCAUAUCAUGACAUGUUGCACAGUAUUUUGGGCGCUUAUACUUGUUACCGACCGGAUGUGGGUUAUGUGCAGGGCAUGUCCUUUAUAGCGGCCGUGCUGAGCUUGAACCUAGAUACUGCAGAUGCCUUCAUUGCUUUUUCUAAUCUUUUGAAUAAACCCUGUCAAAUGGCGUUUUUCCGAGUGGACCAUGGCCUUAUGUUGACCUAUUUUGCUGCAUUUGAGGUGUUUUUUGAGGAAAAUCUGCCGAAAUUAUUUGCUCAUUUCAAGAAAAACAACUUAACUCCAGACAUCUACCUGAUUGAUUGGAUCUUUACCUUGUACAGUAAAUCUUUGCCCCUGGAUCUGGCCUGUCGUAUCUGGGAUGUGUUCUGUCGUGACGGGGAAGGGUUCCUGUUCCGGACGGCCCUGGGCAUCCUGAAGCUGUUUGAGGACAUCCUGACCAAGAUGGACUUCAUUCACAUGGCCCAGUUCCUGACCAGGCUCCCGGACGACCUGCCAGCGGAGGAGGUGUUCGCUUCCAUAGCUACGAUUCAGAUGCAGAGUCGGAACAGAAAGUGGGCCCAGGUGCUGACGGCCUUGCAGAAGGACAGCCGGGACACGGAGAAAGGAAGCCCGUCUCUCAGACACUGAGCAGCCGGCGGACUCGCACUCGGCAUCAGAGCGGAUCUCCGGGGGGCACCUGCGUUGUUCCAGACGGACACACGGACAGCCGAGAACGGGCUCUUUCCAUGUUUGAGCCUAACGCUGGAGUUGGCCUUAAAACAACUUUUAAAGUUGACUCACCAAGGCUUAGCCUUAAGAAGCUCGGUGGGACGAUGAGCUGGUGUGACCACGGCCAACGCUGUGUAUUCUGCAUGGUGUAAAAAUAAGGCAGCGGCUGCCCCCCCCACCUUAUUUCACAGAAGCUAAUUAAAUUGUCAUGCUUUUAUGUCACCUGAUGAAAGGUACAUUACAGUCUUCCGUAGCCAAGG